CAAGGGUUAAGUUGAGUGUCUGCAGUGCCAGCCCUAGAGAGGCUCAGGAAGCUGGGCCAGAUGGGGGAUGAAUUAGCCAAAGGACACCUUCCUGCUCCUCCUCUUCCCGGGAUCAAAACUUGGGAUUUGAAUUUUAAUAAGGGAGGGAUUUGCUUCUGCAAGGCUGCGGGGCUUUGUGCAGCAGAAGCACGGCAGAUACGGAGUCGGAGCAACUUGAGAAACUGCAAGUCGCUUCUGGUGUGAGUGGAUUGGCCAUCUGCAAGGAUGUUGACCAGGGGAUGCCCAGAUAUUUUACCAUCCUGUGGGAGGCUUAUCUCAUGUCCCUGCAUGAGAAGCUGAAGCUGACAGAUAUUUUCAUUCCACUGUGCUUUUGGCCCUUGGGUGCAACCUCCUUUGUACCUCUUUGCCAAAUGGUGUGGGAUUGAGAAAGAGAUGUGAGGAAGCAACAUCUAGUUUGAAACACCACUAAAAAUGCCACUUGGAACAAAAAAAAAUCCAUGGAUUGGAACUGUAUCAGCUCCAUAUUCAAGUGCUUUGCCCUAAUAAACUGGAACUUGUGGGCUACUGAGACGUCCUUUUUAUUCCGUCUACAGAGUGAGGACUGUGAAGAUGUGUGACGUGUGCCUCAAGGCCAAAAUUAGAUUCUUUUAACCUAUUUUAGGGUGCAAAAUCAUGGAUUUUUAGAGAGUAAAGGCGAAUAUUUUGAUUGGGACAGAACCACCCUAAAGAAGACAAGAAGGCAAACGUAGUUUUCUCAUGAGUGUGGAGUGUAACAACGUGUGGAAAGUGUAACAUCUUGUGGAAAUGGCAGGACAAGUUCAAACAGCAUCAGAGUCAGGAUCUGAGGAAUCACGGAGAGAUGGUUUCUCAGUCCAGGAUGGCACCGUUCAGAAUCUGUCUCAAUGGGCAACACUCCGACAAGAAGGGAUACCCCACCACUUGGAGGCCCAGUGGCAAGAAUACAUGAAAACAGUCCAAUAUCCUAUCUCAGGAUGGAGCUCUUCCCAGCUAGCAGACAUGACUUCAUGGGACGAUCUAGCCGCAUUUGACCGUAUGGUUGGUGCCUGCCAGUGGUCGAGAGAAGGGAUGGGCCGCCUGAUGACUACUCUCAGUGUGGAAGCCCAGCAGGCCUUAAGUAACUUAAACGCCAGGGACAAAGGGGAAUACAGGAAAGCCAAAGUCGCUGCCCUCCGAGGCCAUGCAAACGGUGCUGAGACACAGCGCCAGCGCUUCCGCCAGUUCCGUUACCAGGAAGCCGAAGGGCCCCGUGAAGUGUGCAGCUGGUUGCGUGAGCUCUGCCAUCGCUGGUUGGAGCCAGAGAAUCGGACUAAAGAGCAGAUUCUGGAGCUGCUGAUAUUGGAGCAGUUUUUGACAGUUUUGCCCGAGGAAAUCCAAAACAGAGUCCGAGAACGUGGCCCUGAGACCUGUGCCCAGGCGGUAGCCUUGGCAGAGGGAUUCCUUCUGAGGCAGCAAGAGAACCUGCAGAGUGGACCACAGGGUUCUGAUUCACACCAGGAAAUGACCAUAAAUCUCUCUGAAAGUCAGAAAGAUGCCAGACAGAAGCAGCAGGAUAAUGGGAAGGCCAUCUUGACAGGUGCCAAGGUCACAAGCCGAGCCAGCCGGCCACUGCAGCAUCCAGGAGCCAGGGAAGAAAGGGUACGCAUUAAUCCUGGUGUGGCUCUGAGAAAAGAGAAAUCCCAUAUCUGUAUUGACUGUGGGAAAUGCUUUGCGCGGCCCUCUGACUUGGCUAAACAUGAAAACAUCCACACGGGGGCUAAGCCCUUUCGAUGCAUGGAGUGCGGAACCCGAUUCAGUCAGUUGUCCCACUUAACCAGACACCAGAGGAUUCACACAGGGGAAAAACCACACACAUGCACUGAGUGUGGGGCAUCAUUUGCCCAGCGGGCUUCACUGGUUAGUCACCAGAGGGUCCACUCGGGAGAGCAACCCUACCGCUGUUCUCAUUGCCAGCAGUGUUUCAGCCACCAGUCGGCACUGAGAGUGCAUGAACGCAUCCACACAGGUCAGAAGCCCUACAUCUGCUUGGAAUGUGGGAAAAGGUUUGUUUCCUCCUCCACCCUUAAAAUACACAAGCGGAUCCAUACGGGAGAGAAGCCGUUUUCCUGCGCUGAGUGUGGGAAGCGUUUCAUUCAACGCUCUAAUCUGAUCUCACACCAGCGGACACACUCUGGAGAGAAGCCCUUUUGCUGUGGGGUGUGCGGCAGAAGGUUCAGCUACCCUUCAGACCUCACUAGGCACCAGAAAAUCCACACUGGGGAGAAGCCUUUUCCCUGUGAUGAAUGUGAGAGGAGAUUCACAAGGUUCUCAGAUCUUCUCAUACAUCGGAGAAUCCACACUGGAGAGCGGCCAUAUCGGUGUCUUGAUUGUGGCAGAAGGUUCAGGCAGAAGAGUGCUUUGGUGACACACCAGAGAAUCCACACAAAGGAGAAGGUAGCUGAAAAAAGCAAUCCUGGAGCGUCAUUAGAGUUAAAAACAAAUUGUAAACUGAAGGUCAUGAAGACAACAGAAGUUGAGGCAGACAUUCUAGAGAAAGAAGACAAGCAGAAAGAUGCUCCAUGAACCUUGGAGGAACCACACUCACUUUGUCAUCUCAGCUCCUGGCCGAUCACUCCCUAACCAAGAAAAGAUCUCUCUAGAGAAGGUGAAGUAGAUUCAUCUGGUCCACUUGACAUAUCCUAUUCCUUCUCCCACACUGGUGUGCCACAAGAACCUUUUUCCAGGAUAAUUUAGCUCAGGAUGUAAUGUAAGCUGUGAAUAAUUACUCCCUCCUUACCCGCAGGAACUUUGCUGCUUUGGCAGCUACUCAUGCAGUGUUCAGAAAAGAUCUCUUCGAACUGCAGAGACUGGAAAAGCCUGAGAGGACAGCAGAGUUCCUUUGAUCAGGUAGUUGCUUACCCUGUGGGUUAGGCAAACAGAUUGAUUGGCAUGCUGGGUCAAUAUUGGAAUGUAUAACUCCACAGAAAAUGGAACCCCUUUGGGUCGAUUUGUACUAUCAUGUGCCAUCUCACUUUGAUCUCAAUUGCUGGUCUGCAAGGGAGCUUUCCAGGGUACAAAAUGUCUUAUGUCCAGGGGCAGCGUAACAUCUGAUUUGGAGACAGAAAAUAGAUGGCUGUUCCUAUCAAGUCUUAUUUGGGGAAUGUCCUGGGGCAUCUGUUUGGCUCUGUUGUUGGCCAUUACGUAGAAAAAUGUAUGGACCUAAGUUUGAUUUUCAAAUGUCAGUGAGCUUGGAUGGAAAGGUUGCAAAGCCAUGAAGGGGUCUGCACAUUUUUCUGUUAUUUAUAUUGCAGCUUUUAACAUUUGUCUUCUAGGUUACCAAGAUGAAAGUUAAUGCCCAAACCAGUAGGGAUGCCUCUAGUGAGUAUUGUCAAUAGUAAAUUCCUGAGCCAGUGUAAUCUAGUGGAUUUUUAGGAACAGAUUUCCACUUAGUUGUCAUCUCCAAUCAGUAAAAGGGGAGUAGCUGGGGCUGACUCCAAAGGACUGUUGACCAGAAUGGGCUACAUGAAGAUUGUAUGGCAAUUUGUAUAUUGAAAGUGCUGUAUAAGUCAUGAAGAAUGAUUUCUAGAUUCGGGGAAGACAAGUCUAAGCAAACUUCCCCUGGGAAUUGUCAUAGUGUCAGUAUAUCCAGCACAACUGACUUUUGUUAUUGAGUUAACAACACACAUAUCACUAUAAAUUCGGUGGAAUGUACUCCUUGGUAAGUCCAUUUUGGUUUGCACUUGAAAACCAAUUUAUGCAGCAAAGAUGCAAUUUGUGUUGUCGUAGGCUGGAAUCACUGCAUUGUUGUGAGUUUUCUGGGCUGUUGGCCAUGUUCCAGAAGCAUUUUCUCCUGAUGUUUCACCCACAUUUAUGGCAGGCAUCCUCAGAGGUUGAGGGAUCUGAAUGCAAUUGUUCUUGGACUUCUUGAAUUGCCCGUAUAUGUACCUGAUGAGGUAUUUCAGCUUUUCUUUUCAAAUUAUGAACCAAAAAUACUGCUUUGGCCUCCCCCAUUGUUUUGCUUCUACAUACUUAAACUGAAAAAUACGAUGAGUGUAUGCUUAUGCGAGACAAGCUAAACCAUACUCUCCUCAGUCCCCCGCAAUACCCUCACACCAUUUCUACCUUUCAGUUACCACAGUUGUCCUUCUUUCUUUUCUUUUUCCAUGAUAUGAUAUUUUUCUCUUUCUGAUACUUUCUUUUAUUACCAAUCUGAUCCCUAACAUGUUCAUUUUUCAUGGAGGAAGAGAAGAUUCAAAACAGAGGGCAUUCAAUGGAACCACAAAAGCUACUAGUCAUAUCUGUGUAACAGCAGGUGAUAUCUUUUCAACCUUCUAGAGUUGCCAGAGUGAAACCUGGGAACAGUUUGUGGAUCUGAAUGGCUGUGCAGAAGAGGGAAUUUCAGCAGAUAUUGAUACAGUAAAAAAGCAACACCUGCUGAAAUGUCCUCUUCUGCACUACUAUUAACAGUUCGGACAGAGUUCUCUAUGGUUUUCACUCGAGCAGCCCUAAACAUUUCCAGCAUGGAUUGGAAGGUCUGUAAAAGGACCAUUUCGUUGACUCCUACAAUAUAAAAAACCUCAGAUACCUGACAAGGUGGCCAUCCAAUCUCUGUUUUAGAAACCUGCAGUAAAAAAAAGAGUUCACUGCUUUCCAAAAUACCCGAUUCCAUAGGUGUGUAGUAUACAUCUAUAGGAGUUAUUGGAUUGGUAAAACUCAAGAACAGACUAGUUGAAGUUGUUGCUUGGUGACAUUUGGGCCAAUUUUCAGCUGUGAAAUGUUGAAAGAUAAGCCUACAUACCGCUCAAUAAUAAAUUAUGUUGAAUUCUGAGGGGCUUGCCCCAAGGUAAGUGGAUAGUCAAUUGUAACUAUGGGAUAGAGGUAGGCCAUAAUACUGAUCAACACUGUCCUUUCCAGAAAGCUGUGGGUAUCAGAAGGAUAUUCAGUUUAGAUGUUCUACCAUGUACACCGGUUUCAUGAGUUUCCCUCAUAGUGUUUCUUGGAUGGGUAGCAAGAGGCACUUUAAUAUGAAUGUUCCCACAGUUGGUUUGUCAGUCCUGACUCCUGUGUAGAAUUUGUAAUUUAAAAAAUAAGUAUUUGAAAAGUGACUUAGAAUAUUAGAAGAAAAUCUACCAAACCAGGACCUUGUGUAUCUCCCCCCAGCACGCACUGCUCUAACACUCAUGUACCUCUGCCAAAACUGCACAUGUCUACUGCAAUAAUGUAUGCUGUACAAAUAUUAUGGAGUGUUGUGUAUGAGUUGGAUAUGUUAUACCAUCAUUGCUGCUCAGUAUUUCAGAAACAAACAACUACCUGUGCUUUAUAUUAAGAAUUAUUUGGAGCCAUCGCGCUUUUAAAAUCUUGGACAUGCCAUUUGAACCUCUGACUUAAAUUAAAUGUUGGCAGUUUUUUUUACUUGUUUUGUAAAAUAAAAAUACAUUAGUGUCUA